AUGUCAACUACUAGCACUGACUUGCUACACCUCACCCGCAUCGAUGCAACCUUGUGGAAAGACUCCAGGUACGCUUACACGAAGCACACAUACUACGGCUGGCGUAGCGAACCGAUCGAAGAGCACGUCUGGCGGCGGGAAUACAAGCCCAUCGGCGCCGGCGCAUUCGGUGCUGUUUUUCGCGAAGUAUGCAUUGAAGGGCGCAACAAGGCCGCCGUGAGAGCCGUCAAGCAUAUCGAGAAGCCGACCGCAUCCCAACGAGCUACAAGGGUUGAUUUUAGCAGGGAGUUGGAAGCCAUCGCCCGAUUCUCGAAGCCCGAGUACGAGCCUUUCUUUGUCCGUUCGGAAGGAUGGUACGACGGCGGAGCCAAUAUCUGCAUCGUGAUGGAACUGGUUCAGCAUGGAAGUCUCCAGGACUACGUGCGUCAGAGUCAAGGUCUGCCCGAGCCCGAAGCGAGGUUGAUAGUGAGCCAGACCCUGCGAGGCAUUGCGCAUAUGCACCGUGCAGGCUACACACAUCGAGAUCUGAAGCCUCAGAACCUUCUUGUCGUCCAGGGAGGCCCAGCUUGGCAUGUUAAAAUUGCUGAUUUCGGUCUGAGCAAACGCCUUGUGGAGGAUUUGUCGUCAUUACGCACUGUCGCUGGCACUGCCGGAUAUAUGGCACCCGAAAUACUAGGCAUUCGCGCACAAGGAGGCGACAGCUCUCACGAUAGCAGUGGAUCCUCGUAUACUAGUGCUGUGGAAAUCUGGGCAAUAGGGAUCAUCUACUUCUUGCUACUGACAGGCGGCUUCCCUUUCCCUGCCCAGGAUUUUCACCUGCUUUCCAAAUAUGUCCAGGGACGAGCUCAUUUUCCCGUGGAGCGGAUGCAACUUGUAAGCCUCCCUGCUCGUGAUCUCGUGGAAACUCUUUGA